AUGGCAGCGGCGCUGCUGCUGCUGCGGCCCCUCCGCCGGGCCCCGGGCUCAAGGCUCGGGUGGCUCCGGAGCCCGGGCCUGCCCGCUGGGUUCGGGAGAAGGCGGCCAUACUUCGCUCAGGGGCCUCCAGGGAGUCUGGUCGAGGCUGGAGGCCGAGCCCUGCAGAGCUUACAGUUCCGGCUGCUGACACCUACCUUUGACGGGAUCGUCGGAGUGUUACUGAAGCAACACCUGAUUCAGAAUCCAGUUAGACUCUGGAAAAUCUUAGGUGGCACCUACUAUUUUAGUUCUUCAAAGGUGAAACAGAAGAGUAAGGACAGUGACAAACCCAGGGCGAAGACACCUGAGGACGAUGAAGAGGAGAGGAAGCGGAAGGAGCGAGAGGACCAGAUGUACCGCGAGCGACUGCGCACACUCCUCAUUAUCGCCGUCAUCAUGAGCCUGCUUAACUCCUUCAGCUCUGGCGGUAGCAGCAUCUCCUGGAACGACUUCGUCCACGAGAUGCUGGCCAAGGGCGAGGUGCAGCGCGUGCAGGUGGUCCCCGAGAGUGACGUGGUGGAGGUCUUUCUGCAUCCUGGGGCCGUGGUGUUCGGGCGCCCGCGCUUGUCCUUGAUGUACCGCAUGCAAGUUGCAAACAUCGACAGGUUUGAAGAGAAGCUUCGGGCAGCCGAAGACGAGCUGAACAUUGAAAUCAAAGAUCGUAUCCCAGUCUCCUACAAGCGCACAGGCUUCUUUGGAAAUGCCCUGUAUGCCUUGGGGAUGACAGCCGUGGGCCUGGCUAUCCUGUGGUACAUCUUUCGGCUCGCAGGGAUGACAGGCCGGGAAGGUGGAUUCACUGCUUUUAAUCAGCUCAAAAUGGCUCGUUUCACCAUAGUGGAUGGGAAGACAGGGAAAGGGGUCAGCUUCAAAGAUGUGGCAGGAAUGCACGAAGCUAAGCUUGAAGUCAAGGAGUUUGUGGACUACCUGAAGAGUCCAGAGCGCUUUCUCCAGCUGGGUGCCAAGGUCCCAAAGGGCGCACUGUUGCUCGGCCCCCCUGGCUGUGGGAAGACUUUGCUGGCCAAGGCAGUGGCCACAGAGGCCCAGGUGCCCUUCUUGGCGAUGGCCGGAUCUGAGUUUGUGGAGGUCAUUGGAGGACUGGGUGCCGCUCGCGUGCGGAGCCUUUUCAAGGAAGCCCGCCACCGGGCCCCCUGCAUCGUGUACAUCGAUGAGAUCGAUGCUGUGGGCAAGAAGCGCUCGACGGCCGUGACUGGCUUCUCCAACACAGAGGAGGAGCAGACACUCAACCAGCUGCUGGUGGAGAUGGACGGAAUGGGCACGACUGACCACGUCAUUGUCCUGGCGUCCACCAACCGGGCCGAUAUUCUGGACAGAGCACUGAUGCGGCCUGGCCGACUUGACCGUCAUGUCUUCAUCGACCUUCCCACCCUGCAGGAGAGGAGAGAAAUCUUUGAGCAGCAUCUGAAGAGUCUGAAGCUGACUCGGGAAAGCAACUUCUAUUCGCAACGCCUGGCAGAGCUGACCCCCGGAUUCAGUGGUGCUGAUAUCGCAAACAUCUGUAACGAGGCUGCGCUGCACGCUGCUCGCGAGGGCCACACAUCUGUGCACACGUCCAGCUUCGAGUACGCCGUGGAACGUGUCCUGGCAGGCACUGCUAAGAAGAGCAAAGUCCUGUCGAAGGAGGAGCAGAGGGUGGUGGCAUUUCACGAGUCGGGCCACGCACUGGUCGGCUGGCUGCUGGAGCACACAGAGGCUGUGAUGAAGGUCUCAAUCGCGCCGCGGACCAAUGCAGCCUUGGGCUUCGCGCAGAUGCUGCCCAGGGACCAGCACCUCUUCACUCAGGAGCAGCUGUUUGAGCGCAUGUGCAUGGCACUGGGCGGCCGUGCCUCUGAGGCCAUCUCCUUCCACAGGGUCACAUCCGGGGCACAGGAUGACCUGCGGAAGGUCACCAAGAUCGCCUACUCCAUGGUGAGGCAGUUUGGGAUGGCGCCAAGCAUCGGCCCAGUCUCCUUCCCUGAUGCCCAGGAGAACCCAACUGGGGUUGGCCGACGCCCCUUCAGUCAGGGCCUCCAGCAGCUGAUGGACCACGAAGCCAAGCUGCUGGUUGCCAAGGCCUACAGACACACAGAGCAGGUGCUGCGGGACAACCUGGACAAGCUGGAGGCGCUGGCCAAUGCGCUGCUGGAGAAGGAAGUCAUCAACUAUGAGGACAUUGAGGCCCUCAUUGGCCCGCCGCCCCACGGCCCCAAGAAGCUGAUCCUGCCCCAGAAGUGGUUGGAUGCUGAACGUGAAAAGCAGGACUCGGCGGACGAGGAAGCCACACAGCCGCCUUCACUCAGCGGGGAGGAGCCCCCCUGGCCCAAGUAG